GUGCUGAAAGCGGCCGCCCGCCCCGUCGGUGGGCAGCGGCGCUGGAGGAGGAUGCCUGGGACCACCACCACGACGACGACGGCAGCGCGCCUCUUCCUGGCGGCGGCGGCCCUGGCGCUGGCCCGGGGGGGCUGGCCGGCCCGCGGCUGCACCCUGCGCAGCCCCCUCGAGGACGCCGCCGAUGCCGCCGGGCGGCUCCGCUUCCAGGCCUCCGACGGCAGCGAACUGCUGAGCGCCGUCUGGGCUCCCGGGCGCGACGGGCUGAGCGGCUGCAGCCUCUCGGUCGAGCCGCGGGCGGUGGCCGCCUUCCUGAGCCGCUGCCGGGCCGCCGAGGGGCUGCCUCCGCUGCCGGGCGGGAGCCCGCUCUUCCUCGGCCUGCCCGAGGCCAAAGCCGCCUGCGAGAGGGGCGGCGGCGGCGGCGGCGGGGACGCCCCCCGACGGCGGGCCAAGCGAGGCUUCACUUACCCGGGCACCCUCUGGUGCGGAGCCGGCAAUAUCGCGGAGAGCUACGAGCAGCUGGGAGCACACCAGGAGACGGACAGAUGUUGCCGGGAACACGACCACUGCCAACACGUCAUCCAUCCCUUCACCUACAAGUACGGCUAUCGCAAUUUCCGCUGGCACACCAUCAGCCACUGCGCCUGCGACAAUCGGUUAAAGGCCUGCCUGCGGGCAGUGAACGACACAGCCUCCCGCGUGGUGGGACAAGCCUUCUUCAAUGUCAUCCAGGUGCCUUGCUUUGAGUUCACCUACAAGGAGCAGUGCGUGGAGCCCUACUUCUACAUGUGGUGUAAGAACUACAGUACUGUGGCCAUUGCCGUUGUCCAGGAACCGGUGCUGUACGAAUAUGGCGGGGGCCUUAUUGACGGGCCAGCUACACACCAGCCAGUCAGCCUUUCCUCCACCGUGGCACCAAUCCAACCCCGGGUGACCCCCGCCGCUCCUGCCCAGAAGCCAGGGCAGGGUGUGCUAGAGCCGACAACCAUGUCUGCCCCCAGGGCCAAGCCAGGCCAGAAAAACCGGAAAGGCAAAGGCAAGGGGAGAGGAAAGAAGAGGAAGAAGGGGAAAGGUCUGAAGAGGAAGAAGAAAGGCAGAAAGGCUGGUGGCUUGGUCCUUUCACUUCCCACUGGGGAGGAAGCCACAUUCCCUCCCAAGCACCUGGACCCACAAGAACUGGGGAAGCUGGAUUUCCAAGGACCAGCCCAGCUGCUUGACUUGGGAGAGGAGGAUCCGUUCAACGCUAUUCUCAGCGACGAGCCUGCAGGGGUAAGCCCGGCUGAAGAGGCGGCCCAGGCCGAGAGUGAAGAGCCGGCCCUGCCGAAAAUGGCCCCCCAGCGUUCCAAGAGGAAGAGGGAGAGGAAGGGUGGGAGGACGCACAACAGAAAGAGUAGCAGCAGUCAAGACUGAGGGGUCAGGACGAGAAUUCCAGGAACCCUCUGGUGGGUCCGUGUCACCAGCAAGGCACAGCGAGCCCAAAGCCUUCCCUAGUCAAUCUGCACUCUCCGUAGGGGGCAAAUCCCAACAACAUGGAUCGUUGAUGCUCCAGAGUCUAUUGCCGGAGCGCCACUAGCCAGCUUUGGAGAAGGGAAGAUUGCUGGUGUGAGGGAGGCACAGGCAGGCGAGUGGGACAGUUCCACCCCAAAGAAAUGCAAUUCGACGACCUAAACCAUCAAAUCAGCACACCUUUGCUUGGGGUUUUGCUCCAUGUAUAUUCUGCUUCUAGUGGCAAGAGGAGAGAGAUGGCUCUGGGCUCCAUCCCCAACCUGUGUGGACUCGUCACCCACUUGGAAACUUCUUAAAAGCGAGGGCCGAGAUCCUCCGAUGGUGCCAAAUGCCUGCCCGGGAAAAGUCCAGCUGCCGAGGGGAGGCCCCACAUGAGGGAGUGGGAUGCAUGCCUCUUUUGCUCAGCUGUCUUUCCCAUUAGAGACAGGAGGUAGGAAUAGUCAACCUGGUCACUCUCUGGGCAUCCCUUUUCCACAGGUGUCACCCCCUCCCCGUACAGGGGUGUGGGUCAGGGUGACAUUCGCCACCUUGCCUCAGAUGCAGCACUAUCUUGGCUUGCCCCCAUGGACACACAGAGGCCACCACCAGGUUGAGAGAGGUCCCUUCCUGCCUCUCCCAGCCCCACAGCUCAGCUCCCUGCCCCAAAGAUAACUUAACUUGUGAUCUGCAGCCAAAAGAACUGGCUCGUGGUUGUUGGGUUUUUUGUUGUGUUAAAAUAAAUUGCCUGUGAAUUCA